AUGUCUUUGUGUCGAUCCGACUUUCAACAGGCUUGUUGGCGACUGCGUAAAAAAUGCGUGCACGAUAAAGGAAGCAUUGGCUGUUACAAACUUGACGUGGUCGUCCUGCGGGUUUCCCCUGACUGA